AUGGGUAAAAAAAAUUUAAUCGAGCAAUCUUUUGAGGCGCGAUCUGCAAAGUGUUCAUUAUGUUUCAAAACAUCGGUGCUUAUAAAGAUCAUAGUGGAGAAAGUUUGUGGUGUUGGUGCAAAUAAGAUAGUAUCAUCAUUAUAUAUGGCACUUUUAAAUAGCUGA